AUGCCGAGCGGAUCAUUCAAUCCCACCGAACGCCAAGCACUCGGUAUAAUAGCCAGCCCGGCAGUUGCCAACGCCAGGUCCAUCUUUGUCUCUCAAUCUCAAUCUUCAAUCUGCAGACAGGUCGACGAAUUGAGGCAGUGCUCUGCGCGUAGUGCGACGCCACGGAGUCAUUAUGCGUGCCGCCUGGGCGCCAACACCCGUGUUUCUCCUGGACGCUUACCUGGCACAACAUGA